GCGCCAAACCUUAAGUUAAACACUGACGCUGUGGACAUGGACGUAGCACGAAAAAUAAAGGCAAAAGUGACUUCUGGCUUCAAGAUGCGCGGACUAAUACUGCGACCUGAAGCCAGUAAAUACCUGGUGGAGGUGUUGGAGUCUGUUAGUCCAUCUGAACUGGAUGAUAUUAUUGAACGUGUCCUGGAUGCAGUGGAAAAGCAGCCGUUGUCCUCCAGUAUGAUAGAGCUCUCUGUCUUGGAAAGUGCAGUGCAGGAUUGUACGCAGUCUUGCAAUGAAGCCAUUGACAGUGUUUUCAACAUCAUUGGAGCCUUCGAUGUGCCAAGAUACAUUUAUAGUGUGGAGCGAAAGAAAUUUGUCCCUAUCAAUAUGACAAGCCAUCCGACUCCCAGUCUGUGCGGUUUGGCCAGAGACAAAGGUGAACUCUUCAGAGAACGCUAUACCAUCUUACAACAGCGAGUACAUCGGCAUGAGCUCUUCACCCCGCCUGCAAUAGGAAGUGCAGUUGAAGAGGGUCACAACAAAUUUCAGCUAAAAACAGUAGAAGCAUUGCUUGGCAGCACAGCUAAACUGGGGGAGGUAAUUGUCUUGGGGAUGAUCACACAACUGAAAGAGGGUAAAUUCUAUCUGGAGGACCCAAGUGGAACUGUACAACUGGACAUGUCCAAAGCACAGUUUCAUAACGGCUUGUACACAGAGUCCUGCUUUGUACUGGCAGAGGGUUGGUAUGAAGACUCUGUUUUCCACGUCAAUGGCUUUGGGUUCCCACCCACAGAACCUUCAUCAGGCACAAGAGCAUAUUAUGGCAAUGCAAAUUUCUUUGGCGGACCAUCGACCACUUCGGUGAAGGCUUCAGCCAAGCUGAAGCAGUUGGAGGUGGAGAAUGAGGACGCCAUGUUUGUAAUCGUCUCUGAUGUGUGGCUGGACAGUGUGGAAGUGAUGGAAAAGCUCAACAUCAUGUUCUCAGGCUAUGCUGCUGUGCCACCGACCUGCUUCAUUUUCUGUGGAAACUUUUCAUCUGCCCCUUAUGGGAAAACACAGAUCAAAUCGCUCAAAGAGUCAUUGAAGGCUCUCGCUGAUGCCAUAUGUUCGUACCCCAGCAUUCACAACAGUAGUCGCUUUGUGUUUGUUCCCGGUCCUGAAGACCCUGGUCCAGGAGCCAUCUUGCCGAGGCCUCCUUUAUCAGAUCACGUCACUGAGGAGUUCAGACAGAGGGUGCCAUUUUCCGUGUUCACCACAAACCCAUGCAGGAUCCAGUACUGUAGCCAGGAGAUCGUCAUCAUCAGGGAGGACCUGGUCAACAAGAUGUGCAGGAACUGCGUCCGUUUGCCCAGCAGUAAUCUCGACAUUCCAAACCAUUUUGUUAAGACCAUCCUGUCUCAGGGUCACCUGACUCCGCUGCCUCUGUACGUCAGUCCUGUGUUCUGGGCGUAUGACUAUGCUCUCCGUGUUUAUCCAGUCCCAGAUGUCAUCAUCUUUGCAGAUAAAUACGAUCCCUUCAGCAUCACCAACACCAACUGCCUCUGCAUCAACCCGGGCUCAUUCCUAAGAAGUGGCUUCACAUUUAAGGUGUACUAUCCAUCCAGCAGGACUGUUGAGGACAGCAAACUCCAAGGACUCUAAAAAAGAACAGAUUUACCCUUUUGUAAAAAUGCCUCCAUCAACUUCAUUUGUUUUGUAAGAUGUAUGAUACUGUUUAAAAUGAACAAGUAGUCAAACUUGUAUUGUUUUAUUUUGUAUGUAUAUUUGUUGUCAUGAAUAAUAAAAAUUUUACUCUUUGUACUGAAAAAUGUGUCUUCUAUCAUGGUGUCUGACUGAAUU